GUUCGGGGGCCACAGCGGGCCACUGACCGCAUGAGGCCAGUCUCUCCCCAAUCAAUAUUCUUGAUUGCUUCUGAGCGCGCCCUAUCCACCCCUCUUGAACCCUACACAUGUAGCCAUCGUGGAAGGUUUCACUGGCAUGCUUCGCUUCCGCCACCUACUGCGUGUAACUAUUUGUGGCGAAAUCGGUGCAACAUCUAAUUUUCGUUCAUCACCAAAUCGCUUUAGCCCUGGCUUAUAGCAAUAAUUUGAGGUAGGAGCAAUUUGAUGUAUUGAAAAUCGGCUGAGGCACGCCGGGCGGCGUCCCGGUGUACCCGCUGUCCUCUGACAACAGCCCACGAGUCAAUCGAUGCCUCCGCGGCCCGCCGGCUCGCUUGAAGCGCUGCAACGGAGGCGGCUCCUAGCGUUGCAGCUGGGGCUGGCGCAGUCGCCACGUGCCCCCGAGGCAUCUCGGCUGAGCGCCUGGCUGGGGGUAGAGCCGUCGCUCUUCGCGCCACGGACGCCGCCAGGCCCGGGAAGCCCGCAGCGGGAGCAGGAGCAGGCGCGGGAGCAGCCGCAGCAGCAUCACCCCGGUCAAGAGGCGCUGGACCAGCAACCGGCACGGCAGGAGCAGGAGCAGCAACCGGCACGGCAACCGGCAGGGCAGCAGGCGCAGCAGCUGCAGCAGCAGCUGGCGCAGCAGCCGGGCGCGGGUGACGGCCUGGGCCUGCAAGCGCUGGACAGCCUUGCUGCCACACGGCGGCACAUCGUCAUGGCACGUCAGGCGCUGCGUGUGCGGCGCUCGGAACCCGUACGGGCCACGGCGGCGCCCCAGAGGUCAAGCUUGGCGGUGCCAGGCUCGACGUUUUCUAGCACCCGACGACCGACUGCCACAACCUCCUUGAAUGCGGAGACAUUUACUAGCUGGCGCACAAGUUUGCGUGCAUCCAUCCUACAUCCUGCGUGUCAGUCGCGCCAGUCGCCCCAGCGUGUCGAGCAGCCUGGCGGCACGGCCCCAAGGCGCCCGCCCAGGUGGUCAUCUGACGCCGGCGGCCGCAGCAGCGUCGGGAGCAGCAGUAGCGGCGGGGAUGGCGCCGGCAGUAGAAGCGGCAGUUGCAGCGGCAGCAGCAGCAGUGGUGGUGGUGGGAAUGGCAACAAUGAAAGCAUCCGCAGCAGCGCGAGCGGCAGAAGUGUCCGGGCGUCGGCCAGUGGCCACCCCCGCAAAGCUUCGUCGGCGUCUGCAGCCCCGCCGUCAGGCGGCCUGCCCGCACAGCCUGCUACUCCUGUGCUCAUGUCACGGCCAGGGGGGCCCCCGACCCCGGACGUGAACUUUUUAUCUGACAGCGGAAGCGACACGGGCAGCGACGGCGGCCCACAGCCCAGCCGCGUGCGCACCAGGCACUGCCGCCGUGUGGCCGACCCGUGCCGCCCCGGGGGGCCCACGACCAUCUUUGCUGGUCAACAUGGAGUGCGUGAUGGCGGUGACGGCGGUGACGGCGGUGGCAGCAGCGUGCGGGCAGACCUGGGGAGGAUGUGGAACCAGCGGCGCGAGUGGCGGCGCAUCGCUCGCCGGGACGACUGGGUUGCGGAGCCGGCGGAGCCGCCGCCCCUGCCGCCGCCGCUGGGGUCUCAAGGGCAGGUGGGCGGCGGUCCGACCGCCACCCGCGCGCCCGCAGCUGCGGGGCCUGCAGGGCUGGUGGUGUACGGCCACUGCCGGCCGCUGGAUGCGCGUGAGCGGUUGGUGCAGGCGGUGUGGCGGGCGGCGCGGGCUGAGCCGGUGGCGGCGGCGCUGCCGGCGGUGCAGUCGCGGGCGUGUGCGGACUUGGUCCGGCGCAACAAGGACCUGGUGGCGAUGUUCUCAACCAUGCAGAUGACACCGCAAGCCCGCAACAGCGCUCAGGGGCUGGUGCGGGUGUUCCAGGACCAGAUAGCCAAGUCGCAGGCCCGAAUGCAGGCCGCAUACCCCGACUGCCGGGAAGUGGGCCGGGCUGCGCUGGAGUUUGUCCACGACUUCGACACAGACGCUUAUCGCUGCGGCAUCGUAGCUGCUGCAACCUGUGUUGUGGAGAGCGGCGCGCGCGUUUCCAUGCCAGGUUUGACGAAGGCGGACCCAGCGGCACCGGCGGUCGGUGCAGCGGCGCCCGGUGGCGGCGGCGCCUGCCGGCCCUGUCCGGCCUACGGCGCCAGUCCGCAACUGGAGGCAGAGGCUGGAAUGGUGCUGCUGUGGGCGCUGGCGGGCAUGCGGCCAGCCCGGCUGCUGGGACGGCGGCGCGAGUCGGCUGUGGCCGCACUGUGCCGCGGGCUGCGGCAGCGGCUGCAGCAGCGGGGCGGCAGCGGGCUAUCAAUGCUGAACUGCGGCGGCGGUGGCGGCGGGGCGGGAGGCGGGCAGCUGCUGACCAGCGUGCCGCUGCUGGUUGUGGACGUGCACCGCGACCUGGCUGUGACGGAGCUGGCGGCGCGGCUGCGGCGGCUGCAGCACCGGGCGCUCACAGCCGCCCAGCAGCCGCCCGGAGCCACGGCUGCAGCCCCCGCCCGGAGCGACGCCGCUUCCUCCGCUUCCGCCGCCGCCGCCGCCGCGGCAGCCGCGGCGUCGGUGUCGGCCCCAGCACGACCAGCCACUGCCACUGCCACUGCCACUACCGCCACAGCGCAGCCCGAAGCGUGGCUGCGCCUGGCGCGGAUGUCUCUGGGGGCCGCGUACGCUACAGCAGCGGCUGCAGGAGCUGCCUCUGCACCACACGCUUCCGGCUGUAGCAGUAGCAGUAGCAGGGGCAGUGACAACGGCAGCAGCAGCAACAGCCGUGUCGUGAGGGCGGCUGCCGAGGCCCUGGCACGGGUGAUGGAGCGCGCGGGCGGGGCGGCGGCGGCCGUGUGGGGACCCGCCCUUCAAGCCAUGGUGCAGGAGGACCGCCUGCGCCGCAGCCUCGAGCCGCCUGACGCCGCGGCCGCAACUGUUGCAUUCGGUGUACAUGGGCCCGGAUCGAGAUUUGGAUCUGGAUCUGGAUUCAAUCCGUUUGGAUCGGGACCCAACACCACGCAGCACAACCAGCAGCUGCAGGCGGCGUGUCGGUCCGGCGGCGUGGCGGGUGCCGCCGCGGUCCUGGCACGAGCAGACCCCGGGGCCCUGGCGGCGGUGGCGGGGCUGCUGCCGCCGGCCACGGCGGUGGCGAGCGGCGUCAGCGCGGCGGCGGGCGUGUCAUCCAGCAGGGCGGCGGGCGGCGACGGCGGCGGCGCAGGACUAGCGGCGUUUGGGGAGGCGUACUGGCGGCUGGAUUACCUCGGUUUCUUUCCCGUGGUCACGCUGGCGGCGGCGGCGGCGCCGGCGCCGGCGGCGGGGGUGGCGGUACCGCCCGCGGCAGUUGGAGGUACGCUUGCUGCCACAACCGCUCCCGGUGUGCCCGCAAGCAGUGAGUUUGAGGGGCACCCGGUGGGAGGUCAUGUCGGCACCGCGGCGGCAACGCCUGUGCAGCAGCCCGUGGAGGAGGCUGUGCUGGUGGGCCGGGCCGGUGGCGGAAGCGGCAGCGACGGCCGCAGCGCGGGCCUGUGUCUGGGUGAGCUCUGUGCCUGGCUACAGGCUGGGCGGCCCGUGGCGUGCGCCGGCGGCGCCGCGGUGUGGCAGGUGCUUUUACUGCUGCAGCAGCUGCAGCAGCAGCAGCAGGGCCAGUGCCAGGAGCCGGCACGUACAGCUGCGGGGCCGGGCGGCAGCACAGGCGCGCCGUACAGCUCCAACGCGCUGGGUGUGGCGUGGGUGCCGCACCGGCUUGUGCCGCCUGAGGAAGCGCGGUGCGCGGCCCCGGCGCGCUGGCUACAGCCAGACGGGGAGCUGGGCGGCUGCUGCAUCGUGCUACAGCCGCUGGGGCCGCUGCUGCUGCCGGGCACCGAGGGCAUAGCGUCAGCGGGUGGAGGUGUUGCGGGGGGCGCAGGUGGGGGCGGCGACCUGCCCGCCACAGCGGCGGCGGCAGCGGCGGCGGCGUGGCUGCCCGGCGCUGACGUGCUUCACGUACACCCAUCCGUCUGUGAAUCCUGGCUGCGGCACCAGAUGCUGGCGGCCGUGCAGCGGGCCGGCCGGGCCGCGCUGUGCUGCGAGGACGCACGGGCGCUGGAGGUGGCGGUGGCCGCCCUGUGCAAGGCCCGCGCGGAGCUACAGCUGGAGCGGCCCGACCGCCAGCUUGCGUGUGCGGCGUGGCCUGUGCCGGAGACUGAAGCGGCGGCAACACGUGGCGGAGGUAGCAGCAGCAGCAGCAGCAGCAGCAGCAGCAGCAGCGGCAGCAGCGGCAGCGGCAGCGGCAGCAGCAAAGGUGACGGUGAUGGUGACGGCAAUGCCACUGGGGGUUCUGUUUGCUGCUGGGGAGGAAGCUGUGCCGCGCUGCGCCGAGGAGGCGCGGGCGGGGCCGGGGGCGGGGUCCGGAUGAUGCUUGCGCUUGUGGAGGUUACGGGCACUGGGGGUGGCAGCGAGGCUGGGGGUGUGGCCUUGUGUCCACAGAAGGCGGCUGAAAGUGCGUGCACAUGCGGGUGACUGGGUGGCAUGAACACGGUGCGUGGCUGUCAUGGAUGCCUCCUUUGUUGAUAUCUGUGUGUCCUCUGUCAGGCUUGACUGCCUUGGCACGUGGUUUGCAACAGCGCUGAGCCGUUUUGCCGCCUAUAAUUGGUGGUGGCAGUGCCACAGCGAGAGUCAGGGUGCCGGGGGUGUUCUGCGUGUGCAGAUGGGUUCAGAGCAGUGCGGAGGGGACAACCUCAGUGUGGGGACAACCUCAGCAUUACAGCAGCAAUUCUCGGUGCUUAAAUCCAUGCCUGUCUGGCCAGGGCUUGCAUCUUCGGGGAGCGGCAAGAAACGGGCCCCAAUGCAGGCCCCCAGGCGAGAAAGGUUGAGCAUUUCCGGGGUGCAUUCUCGCCGCUUGGCCGCUUGGGGCUGAACCCCCGGCUCGAGCCCGGCUAGCCGUUGGCGGUGCUUGCGAGGGAUUCGGAAUGAGGGUAUCGCGGACUUACGUGUGGAGUGGCGUGGGCAAGGAGGCGUGGCGUGGCAGGACGGGCAUGCGGUGUCUCGGCUAAGCGUUGGCAGGCCACUAUGCUAGUCCCGCUGGGUUUUGCAAGGGUGCUGUUCAUGUCGCCGGUACCCAUCGUCAU